AUUUCUAAAGACAAGAAUUUACUCUUUUGAUGCUGGCUUCAUGUACAUGAAAAAAUUUUUGAUACCGUGCUAAUCUUUCUGCUUCACUUCUACCAACAUUGGCUUCAAAAACAAAAAGUGGAUGUAAUUGAGUAAUUUCUAGUAUUGAAUUGGGUGGAAGUGAUUAUAAAUCUCAAGUAAAUGGAAAGUCAUUUUAUACUAGAUCUUUGCAGCAUCUGAACCUGCAUUGACAAAUUCCUCUUUUCUUCAGCAACCUUUUGACUAGCUUGUUGUAUUGGCUUCUAAAAAUAGAAGGAAGCAAAAAACUAUAAACCAAAAACAAAUAUUAAAUGUCUGUGGAACUCAAGCAUGAAUAAAAUAGGUGAAACUUACCAGCCAAGCAUUUAUAUCUUUAUAUUCUUGUCCUCUCCCAAUACUCAUGUAUUUUGGUUUCAACACUGAAUGCAUGUAAAGUUUCAAGAAUUCAUGGAAAUAAAAUGCUAAUUAAAAAUUGAAAAUAGUUUCAAGGAAUACCUUUCCUCCAAAUCUUGAAGAAUUUUGGUGUAUGGCAUUACGAGCUACAAUCCUCUCUGGUUUGGCGAGAUCUACAACCAAAAGAAAACUAAAAGAUAGCUUAAAAGGAAAAUGACUAAAAAAGGAGAAAAACCUUUUCAUAAUCGGCAUGCAUUUGUUGCAAUUCUUGAUCUAAGGUUACCUUGUCAUCUUUGUUAUCAUCACCCAUCUUCUUUUCCUUCCCAAUUUUGCUACCCAUUAUGUCUGACUUACAGCAAUUAGGGAUUUUUUUGGGUAAAAAUUUGGGAUUGUGAUUAGGGAUUUUUGGGAUGGAAGCGAUUAGGGAUUUCUAGGAGUUGCAAUUAGGGAUUUUACUCUUAUUUUUCCAAGUUUUUAAUAUUUUGUUAUAUUUAUAUUUCUUAAAAAUUUCAAAUUUUAGUUAAGUAUAGUAAUUGUUAAAUUUGAAACUAACAUUCGUUGUUGAUUUGGUUAGAAGUUAUAACCAAUAGGUUAAAACCAAUUAUUGCAGUCAUUGAACUAAAAAUCUAUAAUGCUCUGUUUGAGAACAUGAAUUUGAUAGUGUAUUUGAAUUUGAACAUGUCAAAUUCAAUAUUACUGUUUGUUUUUACCUAAAUAAAAUGUACUUGGAUUUAAGUCAAAUAGAUGUAUUUUACCCAGGGUAUUUGAAAGACUCAAAAUCCGUGUAUUUCAAAUUCAUCCUUAAACCCAUGGAUUUCAAUUUCAAACCUUGCAUUUUCUCCACACCCCAACAGCGAUGAAGCCUCCAUUGUGACUUCCGUUCAUCGUCAACUCUGCCGCUGCUCUCUCACGUUCUUGUCAUCGGCAACUGAAACCACUCCACGAUCGCACGCAUCUGCCUGAGUUUUCAUCAUCUCUGUCAACAGCAGAUUAGUGUAGCUUAAAAUUUUGCUGGCUGUGGACAUCUUUGUGUGGCUUGCGUUUCCUUUGAAGAAAUUGAAGGCAUUGUAAGGCAAGGCAAGCUGCCAUAGUCAAGGAUAAAAGAGAGAGGCAGCAGAAGGUGCGCCAUCUGUGUCUAUUUUCUGAAUUUCCCAAUUGCUUUUAAGAAUUCAAGUUUUCUUUCUUGACCUUUGUUUUGAGACGGUUUUAUGCUAGUUUCUCAUAAGUAAUUGAUUAUAGAUGUUGCAUUACUUUCUAAGCUUAUCUGAAGGGGUAGGAUUUUGUUGGAAUGUUUUUAAUUUCCCCUAAGCCAUACUAGGGUUCGCCUAUACUGCUUAGGACAAAGCAUUUAGACAAUGUGUACAUUUAUGAUAGGACUGUAUCAACGAGCAGAGCCAACUUCAUCUGGCUUUAUCAUCAGGCAAAUAACAUUUUUCCCUUUUC